GGGACGCGGUGAGUGCGGCCUAAAAGCGGCGGGGGCGGCCGGGACCUUUUUAUCCCCCUGAGCGGGGCCUGGGCUGACCUGUGGGGCCUUGCCGGCCCUCCGUGUCCCUUUUGGAGUCCUUUCCAGCCCUUUAAUGAGGCUUUGGGGGCCUCUCCGGCCCUCUCUGGGCUUUGAGGGCGACUGACGGGCCUGGGGGCGCCCAGUGUAGCUGUGCUCUCGGGGGAAGGGGAUGGUCGAGGAGGCCUUUGCUGCACCCCGCGGGUGUUGAGGAGGGUGUGUGGGCCGAGGGAAUGUGCGGGUCACAGUGGGCUCCAUUGUUCUCUGCGGGGCCGAGGGGCUGCCCUUGCUGUGUGGGUGCGGGGCCUCCUUUGUGUGCACCGGGGAGGGACACCCGUGGGGCUGGGUUUGCCUCCCCCUGGCCCGAGGCUGCUGCGGGGAGGGACCUUUGGGGCCUCGCAUCCACUCGUGUCUACGAGAGGAGGCUGGGACUGUUACCCCUUGAGUCAGUGCAGCAUCUUUGACCCAUUGCCCCUUUCCCCCCCAGCUGCUGGCUGGUGCCACCCUCCUAUGCACGUUCUGGGGUUGUAGGCUGGUGUAUUGUUAUUUUUAAGUGUGUUUUUAGGCUUGAGUUGCUCUUUCCUUUAUGCUUCCUGGCCUUUGGAGCUUUGAAAGAGAGCAGAACUUUCUAAGAGGUUUUCUCCUGAAUGCAUGCAGGAGGUUUCUGAUCCCAACAUCCGCUCUGACUCCAACAUGCCGGUUCGCUAGAGCUCGUGGACCAUCUUUUGCCAAGCUCUUCUCUUAGGAAACGCAACCAGCUCCUCACGUCGCGGAGGCCCAGCAUGAACGUGAACUGUGCUGCUGGGACAGACUGGUCAAGAAAUUCCGAGUCCAGUUGCUCUGUGGAAAACGUAACUGUAGGCGUCCAUGGGUCAGAUGGGAGUGAUGUGCUCGGAGGCCACAGCCCUGCCGCAGCUCCCAGGACUGAGGGUUUAGAUUCCGAAUGCCGACACUCUGCUUGUCCAGGGAGCCCCCAGAUCAGCAGCAUGUUGUCUGCUCCUGACGACACACACAGCUGUCAUUUCCAAGAUGGAAAUAAGAGACAGUCAGAAUAUUUUAAUGCCCAGGAACGCCACGGGUGCUGCGCCUUGUCAUCAAGCAACACUUCACAAACGGCGGCUCCGGAGAAAGUAACGCUUGUGGUCGAUGGCACUCGCUUUGCAGUGAACCCCCAGAUUUUCACUGCUCAUCCUGAUACUAUGCUGGGAAGGAUGUUUGGACCAGGAAGAGAAUAUAACUUCACCAGGCCAAAUGAAAAGGGAGAAUACGAAAUUGCAGAAGGAAUUAGCUCAGCCGUGUUCCGGACUGUGCUGGAUUAUUACAAAACCGGAAUCAUUAACUGCCCUGAUGGGAUUUCCAUCCCAGACCUCCGAGACACGUGUGAUUACCUCUGCAUAAACUUUGAUUUCAACACAAUCAAAUGUCAAGAUUUAAGUGCUCUGUUACAUGAGCUCUCCAAUGAUGGUGCGCACAAGCAGUUUGACAGCUACCUGGAGGAGCUGAUCCUGCCCAUCAUGGUGGACAGUGCGAGGAAAGGGGAACGCGAGUGCCACAUCGUGGUGCUGACGGAUGAAGACACCGUGGACUGGGAUGAAGAUCACCCUCCUCCCAUGGGAGAGGAGUACUCGCAAAUCCUUUACAGUUCCAAGCUGUACAGAUUCUUCAAGUACAUUGAGAAUCGUGAUGUUGCAAAAGCUGUGUUGAAGGAACGGGGCCUGAAAAACAUUCGCAUUGGCAUUGAAGGAUAUCCCACCUGUAAAGAGAAGGUGAAGAGGAGGCCUGGCGGCCGGUCAGAAGUGAUAUACAACUACGUUCAACGGCCGUUCAUCCAGAUGUCAUGGGAAAAGGAAGAAGGCAAGAGCCGCCACGUUGAUUUCCAGUGUGUUCGGAGCAAAUCUCUAACAAACCUGGUCACUGUGGGUGAUGAUGUUUCGGAGGACCACGAGGUUAUAAUGCAUCACCCCCCACAAGUAGAUGAACUCGACAGGCUAAACGCACCGUUCUCCCAAAUGGCUGUUAAUGAUCUACCAGAUUAGUCGUGGCUCAGGGUUGGAUAGUCCUGCUUAAUCUGGGAACGUCUCAGCGUAGUUUCAUCCCAGGCGAUGGAACACAGACUCCUGCAAGGUGCUUUAUCCUCCUUCAUGCUCUUACUGCGCUGUCAUAUUUCAAGCAUGUUAUUAAAGAGCCACACUCCAUAGUCUAAUUGUGCAAUCAAACGUAAUGUCUCCUCAAACAAAAAGAAAUUAUGCUGUUUGUUUCUACUACAAAGGCUUCCAGAUUUGUGGGUGCUGAAUAUUUUACGUGAACUUCUAAAAGAGGAGCAGAAGUAUUUAGAAACAUCUUGUUUGACAUGAGAGAGGAAAUUCUGGGCCUGUCAAGACAAAGCUUUCCUUUACCAUUAGGCACUUAGCUUUGCUUUUGAGAUAAUCAGUUACAAAGGACCGAACAUCAAAGCAGGCGGGAUGAUGCUCUUUCAUCAACCAGCAGAGAUGUAGCACAGUUGUGGCAGCAAAAUCCUGAGUGUGGAGGAAUGAAAGCAAAAAACAAAUGCUGAGUGCAGAGGAACCUGUUUACACUGCCACCUGGCUUUGCACCCAGCGUGUUGUUCCGCUGUUGUAGGGAAGGAUGAACUAGUUCAAUAGGAAGCAUAUGCCUGUUCACAGGAAUUUCCCAGCUAUAUUUCGCUGUAAGAUGGAAUCACUGGUUUUAGGGAUGUUGUCUGUAAACUAUUAGAUGAUCCUGAAGGAAGAAGCCAAAAAGAAGAGACUGUAGUUGAUAUUUUACCAACAAAGUAAAUCUGUUUAGUAGCCUGAUAGAUAUAAGAAGCUUUCUAGAAGUGACUGUGCAUGCUGAAGACUUCCAGUUGUUUCCUCCAUCCCCUGCUAAGACAAAAGGCCAGUGGAGGAGCUCCCAGUACAGUUAGUUUACCACCUGAGUGAAAUCCUUGGUCUCAUCAACCUUCGUGAGUCAGGCUUUCUCUAGAGUGUCCCAGGAGCAUCCUGCUCUUGCAGCGUUCAAAGGCCAGCUACGUUCUCCCCAGUUUGGAACUGACUGCACCAUUUUGCUGUCAGGCAGCUAAGAAAUACCAACAGGAAACCAGCCUUCAGUAGAGAAAAAUACAUGUUCCUAGGAGCAGCUUUCCUUUGCUACUCUGAAUAUAUAAUCCUGGUCUGUGGUUAAGGCUCUGUCCAUUUUGGAUUCAGGCCCAACAAAGCUGUGACUGCGGGUACAGACACACUCCAGGCUGGUUUUAGCUCAGUUAUGUUAGAGCCAUUGUUCCUGAUGACUGUGGAAAGGUUUGAUGGACCCAACGCGGAGUACUGCAACAUGGUGCUGGUGCAAAGAAAAGCUGAAAGCCAUUCAAAAAGAAACGGAGGGAAGGAGCUCAGUUGUUAAGUUCAGGUUAGUUCUCUUGCAAUCGGCUGCUGUUGAAACCUGUGCUGCUUACACAUUGAGUUACCUGGUCGUACUUGGCAGAAGAGAGGUGAGUGUCAGUCUGAUCCUAGAAAGUUUAAUCCUUUGUUGCCAGGGUUCCAUCAUCAAGCAAACUUUUAUUCUCCAUCUGUCUGCAAAGUGUAUGGUAGACUUAGCAUUGGAGAUUUCUGUUACUGUUUGCUGCUAAGGAUGUUUGUUUUUAUCAGUGGAAGUAGCGUGACAAUAUCAAGCACAAAUUUCCCUGAAGGUUUAUGAGCCUUGUUUUAGUUACGAGUAACAAAAUCUCUGCCAAGGCAUAUACUUCCAGAUACAUCCAUUUGUAUGGAUACAGGUUCCAUUCUGGGCAGCGUUUCUGUUCUUAGCUUCUUUCCUAAAUGCAGCAAAUAGAUUUCUUCCUUUUAUAAGUGCCUAAGGGAAGAUUUCCAAAAGUGUUUUGGGCCUCCUGAGAGUCCCGGGGGUUCGGAUGCCCACGUCCACCUGGCGGCUCUUAAAAAAUCCUCCCUGUGUGUCAUUGGAUCAUUCUAGAGAAGUGCCCUUCAGUAUCUGCACAGAGAUGCUGUGCAGUCACUUCCCGUCAUUGCUCUUGGUGAAUAUCUAUUUUUGUAGUAGAGAAAGGAAGACAUAUGGACCGUUAACCUCCCUACUGGGGACCAGACCCAACCCAUUUACCUGCCUUGGUGACGCGCCGUUCCCACAAGUCAGAUGAAGUUGGGGUGAGACUGUCCCCCCAGACCCUAUGGAUUUUAGUUUUUUUGGUGUGUAUUUAUUUUUACAGCAGCGUAAGUUUUAAGUAAACGUGUGGUGGUGUUGACCAGCUGGCUUGGAACUGCAGUUGGCACACAUCGGGGUUGCUGAGCGCUGCCUGCAGGGCUGUCAGGGCAUCCAGGUCCGAUUGAGCUCAAACAACCCCCACGAGUGUCCGUCCCAGAGCCCAGCGGCAGCUCAGCCUCUUGAAGGACUCGGUUUAUUAGAAAUAGUGACCCCAGCGCUGAAUUGCGACCGGCACUUGCCCCGAGGGAUCUUGGAGGAGCUUUGUUGGUACCCAGUGUAACCAAUGUGCACCUUCCACAUGGGGUGGAGGCAGCCAGCUUCCCUGAGUUCCAGGCACUUUUCAGCACUCCACUUAAUUGACUUUCCCAAGUAAUUAGAGAUGAAUUUUGGAUUUAUUUUUGUUAGUAGAGUUCCAUUGGAACACUAAAUCAACUUGAAAAAGGAUGCAUUUGCUUUUCCUGCUCUCAUGGUCACCUACUUCAGGUACAAGGUCAAGAUUUGUCUUAUUCUAGAUAUACUGAAGUGUUACCCGUGGUGUGUAUGAACUACAGAUGUAUUGUUUUUCUGUAAUAAAGUAUAAAUUAUA